GGCAACAUAAUCUAAAAAAAAUUGAAUUCUUUCCUCAUAGUCGUUAUAGAUGAAAUAGAAAUUUUAAAUCAGUAAGAGUUUGUACCGCUAUAGGAUCAUUCAUUCAUUCAUUUCUGGCCUCACGAAAUAAAAGAAAAUAUACAUGUCUGGAAAUAACGAAGAUGAAGGUCGAUGUGCUCGAGCGUGCAGCGUGUGCUCUUCCGGCUGUCUCGAUCGUAUUCACAGAAUUGGUAGUAGAAUUCGAAGCUUUCCUUACCGUCAGUGUUUCAUGGCUUUACCAAAAAAACUUGAACAACAUUAUGUGGCAUCAUUAAUAGUGUUCCUAAGCGCUGCACUCAGCGUUACUUCCUGGUUUGAAUUCAACCUCGAGACUUCAGUAAGCGUUUCUGCUUACUGCAUAGCUUUGAUAUUUUGUGCUGGCUUAACUUUUCUUCUUGAAAGAGGUGAAUGCUGUUCAGGAAGACAAAUAGAUUUCCGUCUGGUACAGGAUGAUUCAGUAAAUCAGGCUUGUGUAAUAAGACCAGAGGCUGAUCGGGUGGUACGAGAUCCAGGAAAUGGCUCAGAACAACCAUUGCCAGAAGAUUUAGCUAAUCAAAUGGAACAAAGACCAGUUUCGCCACGAGCUCCAGAACUAACAGUUGCAAAAGUUGAAGUUCAUAAAUCUGCUCAAUCCAGUGAGAGUUCCAGUUCUGAUGAACCCGCAUUCGCCGUAAAAGAUGAACCUGUACAGCAAGCCUUGGCUCCCGAUUUGGGGAAAAAUGUACCUCUGACGAGCACCGAAACGUCUAUAUCUACUAGUAGCACACCUUUAAAAUGCUAACAUGAAUGAUGAUUCUAGUAAAGAUGAUCUACAAAUUUCUUAAUAUAAAUUUUAUGGUAAUCUUUUGAAUAGUUUUUAAGUUUUUUAUUUGGAAGUAUUUAAUUAUUAAAGUGAUUAAUGCACAUUUUAAGGAUACUGUUAAUGAAGGUUUUAAAUUGUAUUUUGGUUAAAAUUGUGUGUUUUUAAACUUUAAGUGCCUGUGUUCAGUAAAUAUUCAGCUUGAGUCCUUUCGUUUUAAUAUUUUUUGUGUAUUUUUUAAUAUUUAUAUUUUUUAUUAUUGGAAUAAAAUGAUACUGCAUAUGCAUAUCA